AUGAUACUGCUCAUGAUGACACUACUACAUCUGCUCAUCACGGUCGGAGCUUCAGCCUCUACCCCAGCCUUGAGCAUUAAGAGUCCGGAUGGAGACGUGAUUGACUGCAUAGAUAUCUACAAUCAACCGGCGUUUAGUAAUCCACUUUUGAAAAGCCAUGAACUUCAGGAGUUUCCUACGGAGAUGCCUAAUUUGGAAAUAGCAGCUGAGACACCAAACUGGCAGGUGUGGCACACGACCGGGGAAAAAUGUCCCCCGCGAACAAUCCCCAUUCGUCGGACUACGGACAUUUCUCACUCAAAAUAUCCCAAACCCUACUACAAAUCCUUAGCGGACGCCACUAGAGGGCAUAAGUACGCGAUCGGAUUUAUUCGAAACGGAGGGCCGAUAUAUGGAACAAGAGCAUCUCUCAACGUUUGGGAGCCACUAGUAGAAGCAGCAGAUGACUUCAGCUUAUCUCAGGUCUGGCUCGCAUCGGGAUCAUUCGCCAAUGGAGAUGUCAACUAGUCCGUCGAAGCGGGUUGGCAAAUCAGUCCAGAGAGGUAUCACGACCACCAACCGAGAUUCUUUACAUUUUGGACGAGAGAUGCGUAUAACAACACAGGAUGCUACAGCACCCACUGCGGGGGAUUUGUGCAGACCAGCAGCACAAUCGCCCUUGAAGCUGCUAUCACACGUACCUCUGCAUUUGGAGGCCCUCAGUUCGACAUCACGAUUCAGAUCUGGAAGGAUCAAUCUUCUGGGAACUGGUGGCUGGGACUGGGCCGCAACAUGGAGCUAGUUGGUUACUGGCCAGCUGCAAUCUUUACAGGCCUAGCUGAUCACGCAGAGAAGGUAGAAUGGGGAGGCGAGGUUCUGUCCCUGAAUAGUACUGGCACAAACACCAUUCUUCAAAUGGGAUCGGGAGAAUUCGCUGAAAAAGGCUUCGGGAAAGCUGCUUACGUAUGUAAUAUCCUAGUUGCCGAGAACAACCAGACUUUGGUUCCAGUCCAAGAUUUUGGGGUACAAGCUCAAUUCCCAAAAUAUUAUUCAGUUAAAAGGUCGCAAACUAAAGGUUGUGGGAAGCACUUUUAUUUCGGCGGGCCAGGGCAAACGCGUUCGGGGGCAGUUCGUGGAACAUUGGCGAGUGCGUUGCUAUUAUUGUAUUUGGCUUUUUUCUUGUGUGUUUAG